CCCGGUCGGGUCCAGCCUGUGGCUCGACCUCGAGGUCGGCCUAAGGGUAGUUCGAAUUUGACGCGACUCUUGGCCGAAGCCAAGGAACAUUGUGAUGGUGAGAGGCCCGGCAGUGACGACGCUUUGACCCGACCCAAACGAGGUCCGGGACGACCGCCUCACCCGCGGCCUCAGCCUUCAGCGCCCGCUGAUCCACCCCCUGUUGCUAGUACAAAGUGCUCGGAGUCCCAUUCACCCGCUAAGGUGAUCAAUGGGACCUCGGAAGGAGCCCGCUCUCCUGUGCGGGCCCAUGACCCGGAGGAGAGUUUAGAUUCCGCCGAGGUCACUCCUCGGCGGAAAAACGGUCGUUUGCUGCGUCCUCUGCGGUCCAAGACUAAACCGCAAAUGGUGGAGGAUCUGGUGCCUUCGAAACGCGCCGUUCCGGAUGAGACCGAUCAAAGUAGUGAUGAACCCUUGGUGCCCAUCAACCCUUCCAUUCUGACGGGACCUUCGUUUACUGCUUUGGGCAAUCGUGAGGCUCGUUUAUGUCUGGACAAGUUGGGUGCUAAAUCCCCCUUUGUCAAUGAGACCGGCUCGCCCAUCAAACCCACUCGAGCUUAUCCGAAGGAAUCCAAAAAAGGCGCUUUCAAAGAUGUGAAUGAUAUCAAUGCUCUGCCUGAAACGAAGAAAGAGAUCAGAGAGCGCUUGAAGAGCUUUUCGCAAAUCCGAGAUAAUCAAUUCCUGUGUGAAAGGAAAUUCAACAAACAAUCGAAAGGCAUGGAAUGUGAUUGCACUUUAUCCAAGGAAGAUAUUGCUAAAGGGAGAAAAGGCUGUGGCGACGAUUGUUUGAACCGUUUACUCAUGAUUGAGUGUAGUAAAUCAUGCGCCUUAGGCAAACUUUGUGGAAACCGAAAGUUUCAGCAAUGCGACAACUCUCCUGUUGAGAUAUUCAAAACCCACUGGAAAGGCAUUGGACUCCGCGCCAAAGCCGACAUUUCCGGCGAUGAAUUCAUCAUGGAAUACGUGGGCGAAGUCUUGGAUAUGCGACAGUUCCGCAAAAGGGCCAAAAAGUACGCGAAAAAUGAUGUCCAGCACUUUUACUUCAUGGCCUUGUCGGGCGAGUACUGCAUUGAUGCUACUUGCAAAGGAAAUAUCUCAAGAUUCAUCAACCACAGCUGUGAUCCCAAUGCCGAAACUCAAAAGUGGACCGUUAACGGAGAAUUACGAGUGGGUUUCUUCACAAAAAGAAACAUUAGCGCCGGUGAUGAGAUCACUUUCGAUUAUAAAUAUGAGCGAUAUGGACAGGAGGCCCAAAAGUGCUUUUGUGGAUCAGCCAAUUGUCGGGGCUGGUUGGGAGGAGAACCUGACAAGGACGAUGAUGAGGACGACGAGGACGAAGAGGAUGAUGAGGACGAAGAGGAGGACUAUUGGUCUUCCUCUUCUUCUUCGUCAUCGUCAGAGGAAGAAGAAUCAACCCCUCCCGUGGUCCAACCUCCGUCCAUCACCAAGAAACCGGUCCCUACUCCACCAGCCAUUCCCUCGGUAGCCCCAUUGGUGGUUCCACCUGAAAUCCCGCUCGAGGGUGAUGACACGGAAUUUGUUCCUCUCUUGGACGAGCAAGAGAAGAUUCCGAUGAAGCUCAAGAAAAAGCGACGAAAGAAACGGAGGUCGCCAAGGAAAAUCAAGAACUACGAAGAGGAGGAGCACGAAGAGGAAGUCGAGCGGCUCAACCAAACUGGAAUCCGGACCAAGUCCCAUACGGUGGAUUUGUGUCGUUUGAUGGUGCGGACCACGGAUAUCCAUACUCGAUUGACCAUCGCACAUUUGAUUCAACAGGCCGACAAACCCUGUCGAAGGCUAUUCUUAGAUUACAAUGGAUUAAAGUUACUCCAAGGUUGGGCCUCGGAGCUCGGAUGGACACAUAAAGAACUCGAGCUAAAAGAGGCCAUCGAGGAUGUGUUGGACUCGUUAAGUGUACCUCAUAGGACCAUGCUAAUCGAAAGUAAAAUGUGGGACGUUGUGUCUCAUUGGGCCACUGCCAAGUCCAAGCAAGAUGUAAUGCCUUCGACCCCGCAACACUCGACUCCUCCCUCCACCCCUUUGACCACGCCUGUUCAAGGGAAAUCAAACGAUGGGAGCGAAAACGGAACCUCGACGAACACAUCUCGCGCCCCAUCACCCUCGGGAACACCGGCAGCAUCAAUAAACGAGACCACGCCUAGCCCCAAGACUACUACUCCCUCAGUCUCAUCAAGCCCGAACGCCCAAAACCAAUCGUCAAAAGUGGCCCGAUCUCUCAACAAGGAAUUGGCGAGAGCCACUCGCUCUAGUAGUUCCCUUUCGAGCAAGGAGGGCGUUUUCAACCUUGGCUCAUCCACUCCACCAACACCUGGCGAAGAGAGCGUGAAUUUGUCCUCCCCUGAGUCUAAAGUGGAGUCAAAAGCUUUGUUCGCAACUCCUUUUACCUCAUACGACGUAAACCAAGACCACAAGGAAGAGAAGCCUACCCCGGACCUCGAUUCGAAUGCAAUUAUUCAACCCAUAGUCAAUCAAUUAAUCGAUCUCACAUUCACGUUCAUGUCGCGGGGCCAAAGCACCCUGGAUCCAUAUCUUGAAAAAGAAAUCAAGUGUGACGAUGUUACACGGAUGUUGGUCGAUGGAGAAGAAGACAGUGAACCUCGGUCAAAGUCAGACCAAGAGGCGUUCGAAGCCUUGAUAGUGAAGCAAAAAGUAGAGGAAAUGGUCGAGACGAUUUGUCAGCAAAGUGGUCAGAAUUCAAUCCCUCAGGAUACCGUCGAAGCCAUGGAUGAGAGCUCCGCCAACGAUAUCGAUCCAGUCAAGAAGCCAGAAGCUGAAACGAGGCAAACUUUGGAACAAGAUUCCGUCGAAGUUCAGGACUUUGAGGCCUGUGCUCGACUCAUACAAACCAUCCAGACCAAGGCGAGAGCGCUCCUGGAUGAUUGGGAAUGUUUGAAAGAGAUGUUCAAGAUCCCCAAGAAAGAAUUAAACAAAUUGAGGGCUAAGCACGAGGAAGAAGCGGAUCAGGCUGCUGCCAAAUAUCAGGCCGCCCAAGUGAAAGCAAUCCCAACAUCGGCGGCUAAUUCAAGAUCCAGUACGGGUGCCGCCUUUUCUCGAGAUCCGAGAGGUAAACCCACGCCGGCUUUCUCGUCGUACGAACGGCCCCAUCGCAUUCAGGCCGUUCGACCCGAGUCCCCUACCCGUCGCGAACAAACCCGCAUCUCGCGAUUUGAUGACCAAUCCGGACUCCUUCACUUGCAUAGCUCCGAGUACAACCUGAGCCGAGCUCACCGUCGACAAUUGUUCCGAUUAAGAGCUGAAACGGAGACCAGGGAGAAAGAACGUCGGGUGUUGCUUCAAAAACAGCAUGAGAACAAAUGCUACUACCUCAGACUCAAUGCGGCCCUGACUCCGAUGUUUCCACAAUAUCCGGAAUACUUCCUCGACCAUACGGGACAAUGGGCAGCCAUGCCUCCGCCUUACCCGGAAGUGGAAGUGACGUGGGGUUACGCCACGAUGGCUCAUCUACCUCUGGAAGCAUUUAGCGAGAGAGAUCCCCCACUGCCCAAUCCUUCUUUCUAUUACCCUCCAGGUGUGGUAGAGGUCUCAUAUUUGUACGGCAUGCCGCCCGAUGAGGAACCAGCAGUAGUGGCACCGCCAAUACCGCCGGAAGAGCCGCCAGAGACGGUCAUUGACUUGAGAAAGAUUGACCUUCCCCCUGAGGAUCCUCCUCCGCCUCCACCACUCCCACCUGGACCCAAGAUGAUGUCCAUGAUGGAUGAGGAGGCAGAUGAAGAUGAAAGCAGUAGUAGUGAAAGUAGUACGAGUAGCAUUCACCGGCAGUGGCAUCACCAACAGCAGAAGCCAAUAUUGCCUUCGGAUUCCAUUCCUUUUCUCUCGUCCGAGAGUUCAGAUCAAAUCCCUUUCUUAAGCAAUGAUAGAAGCAUCCCGCUCACCACAGAGCUUGAAUUCGCCCAAGAGGAUUCCUGCUCUCUGGCUCAUCCCGAGCCGUCAAUGAAAACGGACUCUCAAAGAGCUUCUUCGACUGUAGUGCCUUCAUUUUCCACCAUCCCUACGCUGACCAACUCAAACGGAUAUUUGAGUGCUUCGAUUGUGAUCCGGUUGCCUCCCAAAUGGAAAGCAGCCAAAAGUGCCGAAGGUCGAACUUACUACUACAAUUGUCAAACCAAAGAGACCCGUUGGGAUCCUCCCAUUAUAGCUGCCGUUGAAGAUGGCGUGGAAGAGAUAGACUCGCUUUUGAUGGAGGUGGAAACCGCCAGCACGGACUCGGAUGAACCCAUGGAGGCGAAGGAGGAGGACGGUGACACUGAUGACGAAGAUGAUGACGAUGACGAUGAAGAGGAAGGAUCUUUGAAACAAGACAACCCGACCGAAUUGGAAAUCAUCGCCUCGGAUCUCAGUGCUCAAGAGAAGGAAUUGCUUCUCACCAAGAAGAAAAGCCGAGAAGAGCGUAGGCAUGAGCGGCGCCAAAAGAGGGAACGGGAUCGAGAGAAGCGCGAAUAUGAGCGAAAACGUCGCCGGGAGCGUCAUGGAAGGCAUCGCAAAGCCGGGUUGGUCCAGGAACACUUCAUCCCGAAGCGAACUGAGAAGGACAAAGUGGAUCUAAUGACUUUCACCGAGAUCAAGGCGCGACUAGCCAAUCGGGAUGCCAUUCGUGAGGCCCAAGAAGUCGAGGAACGAGCCGAGGCUGACCGUGAUCGUGAAUUGGAGCGAGCCAAACGCUUGGCCGAAGUGUCAGCCAAAUUGAAAGAGAAGACGACAACUGCGGCCGCCGAUACGAGUUCGGAAGUGGCUAAAAAGUUCAAGGAGCGUUUCACAAGCGAAGUGUCCAGAGUUAUUGUCAAAGUCCUAACCUCGUUCAGACAAGACGGCACCAAGAAAGGGGCCAUUAAGAACAAAGACGACUUCAAGCACCUGGCCAAGAAGUUGACGCACUAUAUUCUAACCAAGGAAUUGAAGCAUUGCUCAAGGAUCGAGGACUUAAAAUGUUCAGACUCCGUGAAAAAGAAGACCACGGAAUAUGUGAAAAAGUACAUGACCAAAUUUGGAGAAAACUACAAGCGCUCCCCGACCCAGCCCCCUCCGCCGUCGUAAUUGUAACCACGGCCUCCAUAGCCGCAUCAAGUUAACAUUUGUACAAUGGAUGAUGGAUUAAAGCGAGAACUGUUCACUCUCUUUCAAAACAAUAUUGACUCAUGCCUCAAUUGAUUAGCACCAUUUCCAUUUUCCACUUCUUGUUUUGAGCCUAUUGCGUUAAUAUAAUAGACACCUAAAUACUGACGCUA